GCGCAUUUGCCCAAGCCAAUGCCACCACCACCAUCGCCAUGCCGGCAGUCUGGCUUGCAAUGGUUGAGUGAGCAGGCCCACCCAUCGAACCUGGAGCUUCAAGAGGAGGUGAAGCGUCUCAAGUUGGAGAAUUCGGAACUCAAGAAGGACGCUGAAAGACUUGAGACGGAGCUCGAGGAAGUGCGCCGCAAGUGGGUGACCUGGCAAGACUUGCCACCCACACUGGCUGCGGAGAUGAUUGUUGAUGUAAGGGAGCUGCGCUACAGCCAGUUGACAAUUCAGGGCAGAUGGUUCAAGGAAGAAGACGGCCAGCCUCGCCGAUCACUCGAGGAGCUGAUCGACGCACUGAAAGCCGGGUCGAUAAAUCCAAUGCAAGCAGACUUUUUGAAGUUGACGGUUGUGCUGAAGAUGGACUCACAGGGCCAAAAGGCCUUGUUCUCCACGGACAAUCGCCGACUUUAUUGCUUGAAGGAGUACCAGAGGGAAAUUGGCAACAAGCCUGUUCCUGUUCGAGUACGCAUUUUUACCUGGGCAGAUGUCCAAGAUGGAAGGAGGAUUCUUCGGAAUUGUGACGAGACCGAUGGGCACUCCAUCCAAAAGCGGGACGGGUCGAACAGAUCAAGGUCUACAUCACCCUGGCCCUCACCCAGGCCUAGGUCACCCUGGCGAGCUCAGUGAAAGAGGUGAAGCCGAUCUUUCCUAAGCUUCAAUCGGAAGCGAAGAUGGCGCAGAAGCUGGUUUGAGGUCUGGUGUGAGAGCUUUGAAGGCUUGAGAUGAGGGAUCAUCACAGCUUCUGAGCUUGAACCAGCUCCGCUGACGUUCGGAUGUUCUUGGAGCCACUCUCAGUGGAAGAUUCCGGAAGAUGCGCAUUUGGAAUCCUCCAAUGUGGGCCAGGCCGCACAGUGCCCCUCCUCCUCGAGGAAUCUUCAACGAGGCAGUUUGCCCGUGAGGCAGAAACCGACCACAGCCAAACAGGACAUGAC